UUUCCUACUUCACUCAUCCUCUUCUUUUUUUUCUGACUCCCAAGCAAUUUUUUAAACUUUUCAAGAAAAUGGUUGGUGGUGGUAAUGGGAUUCCACUCAAAUGGUGGCUAAUAUGCCUGUAUCUAUCAGCUGUCAUCCUUGCUGUUUCAUCCACUAACAAUGUGGUGGUAUCUAAGAAAACUUAUAUUGUCCAUAUGGACAUUUCGGCUCUUCCUGAUGCUUUCACUGACCAUGUUGAUUGGUACUCGUCACUAGUAAAAUCAGUAGCAGCGGUGGGAAUCAAUGAAGAAGAAGAAGAAAACGAACAAAGGCUCGUGUAUACGUACCAGUCGGCUUUUCAUGGAAUGGCUGCACGGCUAACAGAAGCAGAAGCAGAAAGGCUAGAGGGGCAGGAUGGCGUUGUUGGGGUGCUCCCUGAAGUUAAAUACGAACUGCAUACCACUCGAAGUCCUCUGUUUCUAGGACUUGAGCCACAAGAUACUACGAGUGUCUGGAUGGACAAACUGACCGACCAUGACGUCGUUGUUGGUGUACUGGACACCGGUAUCUGGCCUGAGAGUCCUAGCUUCAAUGACACCGGGUUUACCACAAUGCCAACACGCUGGAAAGGCGCGUGUGAAGUGGGAAAGGGCUUUGAAAAACGCCAUUGUAAUAAAAAGAUUGUGGGUGCAAGGGCAUUUUACCGUGGGUAUGAAGCAGCCACAGGGAGUAUUAAUGAGGAGAAAGAGUAUAAAUCUGCUAGGGAUCAAGAUGGGCAUGGAACGCACACAGCGGCUACGGUGGCGGGUUCGCCGGUGCAUGGGGCUAAUCUUUUGGGCUAUGCUUACGGCACAGCCCGAGGGAUGUCCCCUGGGGCGAGGAUUGCAGCUUAUAAAGUGUGUUGGACUGGUGGUUGUUUUAGCUCAGAUAUUCUUUCCGCAGUUGAUAAGGCGGUUGGAGACGGAGUUGAUAUCUUGUCUAUUUCAUUAGGUGGUGGUGUUUCGUCUUACAAUCGUGACAGCUUGUCAAUAGCAACAUUCGGAGCCAUGGAGAAAGGGAUUCUUAUUUCGUGCUCUGCUGGAAAUGGCGGGCCUGACCCCGUCAGUUUGACUAAUGUGUCUCCGUGGAUUACUACUGUCGGAGCAAGCACCAUGGACCGAGAUUUUCCGGGUUCGGUUAAGCUCGGAUCUGGGGUGAUGAUGAAAGGUGUUUCUCUUUAUAAAGGGCGAAGAAAUCUUUCAUCAAAUAUGAUGUAUCCGCUUGUUUACACUGGGAGUAAUUCAAGCAGUCCUGACCCGGGUUCUUUGUGUUUAGAGGGAACAUUGGACCCACAUGUGGUUGCUGGAAAAAUUGUGAUAUGUGACCGGGGUAUUAGCCCUCGAGUUCAAAAGGGUCAGGUGGUGAAACAAGCAGGCGGUGUAGGCAUGAUUUUGUCCAACACUGCAGCUAAUGGGGAAGAGCUCGUAGCAGACUGCCACCUUCUUCCUGCAGUAGCUGUAGGGGAAAAAGAGGGGAAAGCAAUCAAGCAAUAUGCUAUGAGAGAUCCAAAACCAACAGGAAAUCUUGCAUUUUAUGGGACUAAAGUUGGUAUUCGGCCGUCACCAGUGGUGGCAGCUUUUUCGUCAAGAGGACCUAAUUUUAUCUCGUUGGAGGUUUUAAAACCGGACCUGGUGGCUCCGGGAGUCAACAUACUAGCAGCUUGGACGGGUGACAUGGGUCCAUCGAGCCUAGAGACCGAUCGAAGGAGAGUAGCCUUCAAUAUACUUUCAGGAACUUCAAUGUCAUGUCCUCAUGUGAGUGGGGUUGCUGCAUUGCUUAAAGCAAGGCAUCCUGAAUGGAGCCCUGCAGCUGUAAAAUCAGCAUUGAUGACAACCGCGUAUAUCCACGAUAAUUCAUACAAACCACUUCAAGAUUCAUCCACUGGUGGACCAUCCAGCCCCUACGACCACGGUGCAGGUCACAUAAACCCAUCUAGAGCUGUUGACCCUGGUUUGAUUUAUGAUAUCGGAGCACAGGAUUACUUUGACUUCCUAUGCACACAAGGUUUGACCACCACUCAGCUCGUGGUUUUUGCCAAGUUUGCAAACCGGACCUGUCAUCAUACCCUUUCUGGUCCGAGUGAUCUGAACUACCCAGCUCUAUCUGCUGUGUUUCCAGAGGACAAAAAAGUUUCUUCAUUGACCAUUCACAGAACAGUCACUAACGUUGGAUCUCCAUCCUCAAAAUACCAUGUCGCCGUUUCACAAUUCAAAGGCGUGGAUGUGAAAGUGGAGCCAUUGGUCCUAAACUUUACCAAAAAAUAUCAAAAACUGUCUUACAAGGUUACGUUCGUAACAAAGAGUAGGCAAAUAGCACCAGAGUCUGGAGCUUUGAUAUGGAAAGACGGUAUACACAGAGUUAGAAGCCCAAUUGUAAUAACAUGGUUGUCACCACUAUAAAUCCAUCGUGUUAGAAAACUAGCUGGUACUACAAUAAAAUAGCCUUCUCUGAAAGAGCAGUUUUUAAGUGUUGAUUCAUUCUUGGAUCAUGUAAUCCUCUUUUUUUUUUAGAUUAAACUAUUUGGCAAUGAUAUUCUCCUAGAAUUUUAUCUUCA